AUGAGCAAAGAUGGCGUGGCUACCGACACGAUCGCCACCUGGUUUCGCCUUCCUGUGAGCACCGUCGUGGCCUUCCUUGCCGAACCAGGAAGCAUAGAUGAGGAUGAUGCGGGCGCUCUAAGAUGUCUCGUUCGGCGCCUAUUGACAGAUCCCGACGACUUCGUGUGUCCUAUCAACCAGGAUUUGAUGAGGCAGCCAGUCGUGGCAGAGGACGGCUUCACCUACGAGCGAGAGGCCAUCGAAGCUGCCUUGCGACACCGGGAGCGCAGCCCAAAAACGAAUCUGCCAAUGGGGAGGAAGGUCAUCCCGAAUGUUCUCCAACAGGCUUCAAUCCGCGUUUUCAUGGAGCGAGUCGUUGAGGAGAUUUUCUCCAUUGCUCCUUUUCUUCCAGCUGUAGAUGCACAGGCAUUACUCGUGCGUGCUGACAGUCUCAUCCGCCCUGAGCCUGGUGUGCCUGAUUGCAAACUGCCGACAGCGGUGCGGGGCAAGCUGCUGAAAGUGUUUCGGUUGAGGGCCAAUCUCCCUACGUCGCUUCAAGGCAAUGCCCAGCAGGAGCUGAAGGCCAUGCUUCGCCAGACUCCGAUGCGGGAGUUGCUUGACAACUUCAACGCUUGGGAUGCUGAGCCGUUAUUGUCCUACUGCUGUGAUCAGAAAUUGGAGUGGAUGCAUCUUGCCGCGCGGCGACGAGGGUCUUUGAUACAUGCAGAUAUUCUGGAACGGGAGCUUGCCUCCAGACUGGCGCACUGUUUGCCACAAUCGCUCGAAAAGCUGUGGCAAUUUGUGCUUUCACUGAGUUCUGAAGCCCCUGGUGUGUGGUUGGAGGGCGCUGCACUGGUUCUAGCGGCUUUCCACGGCGAGCUGCAUGUCAAAUAUCGUGAUCUCCCUCCAGCACUUCUGGAAUCCGCCAUCCGCUGCUUGCGGUGCCGAGAAGCAUCCGCCCUUCGAGCGCAGUCCUUGUUCAAAGCGGCUUUAGGCUUUCGGUUCCAGCCAGACCCCAUGUCCUACCUAGCCUUUGCAGACCGGCUGGCUGCCUCGGAGCUUUUGGAGGAAGCUGCUGAUGUUGCAAUCCUUUCUGCUAGGGCCUUCGACGCGCUCGGAAACAAAGAGGCCACACAGCAAGCAUACACCCUGGCAUAUGGAUGGGACCGGAACAACUCCGAGGCAUUGCAGGGCUUGUCUGCGGGCACUGCAGGCAUCCUGGGAAUGCUUUUCCGAAGCGAACGCGUCGAAACCUUCGACGUAAACGGGUUUCGAGUUUAG